UGUUGGUAAUAGAUUUUCCAGUAGUGACCAUAGAAUGGUACUCUGCUCUCUGCCUUUCUCACCACUAAAUACAGGAAACAAACAAGACUCAGGAAGCACAAUAUGUCGUAGUUACAAAUAUACAGACUGGGGAUUAGUCCAAGAACUUAUUCGACUCUGUCAAUGGGAUGACUAUUUUACCACUGACUCCCUGGAGGCCUUAGUAACCCUGUUUUACAGGAAUGUUACCCUUUGUCUAGAUACAGUUGCCCCAAAUAAAAUAGUGAAAUUAAGUAGACACCGAACUGAAUAUAUUCCAAGGGCACACCGUAAUAAGUUAAGGAAACUGAAGAAACAGUACUAUUCCACUAAGGACAUAUCACUAUUGCUCUCAAUCCACGAGUCUCUUGAAUCUAUCAAGCGCCUACGUUCUCAAAAGGACCUCGACGAAGAGUUAACGGCACUUGAAAGUACCUCCAAAGUUUAUAACUUAACGGCACUUCUUAAAAAACGAAUGCAGUCAGCGAGGGAAAUCCCAUACUUACUUCACGACAAAGUAAUCUACAAUGAACCUGCCACUAUCUGUGAACUCUUCAGUGAUUGGUUUGCAAACUUUAGUUUAGAAACACAUAUGCCUGGUGAAACCGCUCCCCUUACUAUCUCUUCCCUUGAAAGCAUUGUGUUCACUAAUCAACUAAUAGUACAAGCAAUUAAAAGCCUUAAACCUUCCACUAGUACGGGACCGGAUGGCCUCGCUUCGAUAAUUUUCAAAAACAGUGGGUGUGAUAUACCCCUGUUACUUCUUAAAUUCUUCUCAAUAUCUAUGGACACUGGCACUUACCCUAGUGAGUGGAAAACUAGCUUCAUAAUUCCACAUUACAAAUCUGGUGAUAGGGCAAACGUCCGCAAUUACAGACCCAUAAAUAUAACCCCAGUUAUCUCACGAAUCAUGGAGAAAGUUGUAAAGGAUCAAUUGUCAGACUACCUAAUUAGGGAAGAUCUUGUUACAAGGUCUCAACACGGAUUUCUCAAAAAUAGAUCCUGCGUUACUUGCCACUUCGACUUUUUCAACUGCAUCACUAGUAAUCGCGAAGCACGUAAGCUAGUCGUUGUUCUAUACUUCGAUAUAUCUAGGGCAUUUGACAUGGUAUCUCACAGUAUUCUCUUUGAGAAGCUGUACUCUUGUGGAAUUCGCAACCCACUACUGAACUGGUUAAAAUCAUUUCUUAGCAACAGGGUACAAAUAACCAAAGUCGGAUCUGUAUUUUCUCAUCCUAGGCAGAUCUCAAGUGGGCUUGUGCAAAGUAGUGUCCUAUGUCCUCUUUUAUUCACAGUCUACAUUAACAGCAUUUGCAAAUAGUUCACCUCAGGUAAACCAUUCCUAUAUGCUGACGACCUCAAAGUCAUCUACUCCUGCUACACUCAUGAAUUAAGCGAUAUGGUUACUAAAAUACAUCUUGAACUAAGUAGCCUUGCAACGUGGUGUGCUGAAUCCUGUCUAAACUUUAACAUUGGGAAAUGCGGCUGGAUUUGUAUCGGAAACAGUAACCUUGAUCUAACUUUUGAAAUAAAUGGGCGAAAACUAGCUAAGCUCAACUCAGUCGUAGAUCUCAGUAUUAGAUACUCUAGUAACCUAACGUUCGCUGAACAGACUGAUUAUGCCAGACGUAAAACACGAAGGCUGAUAGGAUGCAUAGCACGAAAUUUCUUUUGUUGUGAAACUAGGGUUUUAUUAUACAAAGUAUGUGUCCAACCUAUCUUAGAAUACUGCCCGUUUAUUCUUAGCGGACUCAGACAAAAUGACAAGCUUAAAUUAGAGGGUGUGCAACGGCAGUUUACCUCAAGAACUCUUGGUUUAGAAAGUGGUCUGGAAUACUAUGAGCGAUGCGACAGACUAAGAUUAGAACCACUCUGGAAAAGACGUCUUAAGCUAAACUAUAUCUCUUACUACAAGCUAAUUAAUCUUCUCUUGCACUCCUCCGAGCCAAUAACUAAACCUACCACUGUCAUCAGUUACAGUCUUAGAAAUCAUCACAACCUAGCUGCCAUAGAGCAUUCUCAGACUUACAUGCGGUACAACUUCUUCUUAAAUAAGUUUUCAGUCAUUUGGAAUAGACUACCAGCUAAUGUGCGUGAUGCAAACACACUUCCAGUGUUCAUCUCUUCAGUCAUCAGACUGCUUAAAGAUGACGAUGCAUUUCUACUUUUGACUCUUACACCCUCUUUUUCACCCCACAUAGAUAUUUUAAGUUCAUUAAACGUGUAGUUACAACAAAC